GAAAAAUCAUUUAUCAUUUAUUUAUCAUUCUACAAAAAUUGACUCUAUGCACCACAAGUUAAACCGGUAGUCACUGAAGCGAGACCCCGGGUCCGUUGUUUAUAUUUUUCAAAGUUAUUGGUUUUCGGUUUUAUUGAGUGAAGUACCGGUAUUUAUUUUUGGAACAAGAUUAUGUCAAGUACAAGCGAAGAUAGCGGAGAUUUACCGCGCCUACCGUCGGAAACGUCAAGAGGAAGUUCAGUAUCUUCUGGCUUGCAGGAGGAAUACCAAGAGCUUCUAAAAUACGCCAUUGUCACACCGAAGUGGGAUCCUACAUUUGCACAGACCGAACAACCGUCCGUUUUGCCUCAACUAAGAUUGAAUGAACCGGACCACAGGCCGUUAACAACGAUUGAUGAAUAUUCAGCUGGAAGCACAUCACGCACAGAGGAAGAUAGCGCAGUUGGGAGUGAGGAACCUGAAACUGCUAGAAAACAAAUGGAGCCAACUUGGCAGAUGAAUAACCCAGAACCAAGGACCCCUCGGCCCAUGCCAUCACCAGGGCGAACCCCUUAUCGGGGCCCAAUGCUAUCACCCACGGCUUCAUCGGGUUCAGAGAGAGAGACAAUCCAACCCGCUCCAAUUUUGUCCUAUCUGGGGCAACGAGAAGGUGCUGAAGGGGGACAGGAUACUCAUCCGCAAAAUGGACUUGACCCCGACAUGGCAAGAAUGAGCGGUCAGCUAGAUAAAUGGCAUGAGAAAUUGAAGACUAUGGUUUUGGCUGAACUGAGUCAAGUAAAGAUCGCGAUGUCUGAGAGUCAUCGCAGAGAGAUUCAUCGAAUUAAACAAGAACAUCAGGAAGAGGUUGAUAAGCUACAGAAUGAACUAGCACAGCUCAAGGAACUCCUACAUACUUACGAAGUCUCUGUAGAAAGGAAAGAUCAAGUCAUAUCGAACCUGACUAGAGCGGUUCAAACCGGUCAUGACCGGUUGGAGAUGGCUCGUAGAAUGAUGCAAUGGAAAUUGAGAAUGAUUGAUGAAAGGAGACAGACCUUCACAACACACUUGGCCAGGAAACAUAGAGAACGCGCAUUGGCCAUGAGAGCUUGGCAGGGCUGGCGGUCGACUAUCGAAGCAAAAUGGAAGGAAAGGGUCGAGAAAGCUUGCCAGAAAAAAGCAGAAGAAGUUUGCGUUCAACUGACUAAUGAUUAUGAAGCAAAGAUCGCUUCUCUCAAUGAAGCAUUAGAAGAUUCUCGGAAGGAGGUUGCACGACUUCAUGAAGAGAGAGAUAGAUAUGAAGAGACAAUGAAGAAAGCGUUCAUGCGUGGAGUUUGUGCGCUCAACCUUGAAGCUAUGUCUAUGUUCCAGGGAGAGGAGAAUCAAACAGCACCCAGUGAGGUCCAAACUCUUGCUGCAGCCGUGGAUGCUUUAACUUGUGCAAGCGAAUGUAACAAAGUAACGUUUGCUGGACAAGCGGCUCAGAAACCAGACUAUUUGCCUCCAGAACCCCAGCCAACUAGGCAUGUUCUGGAACCAUCAAAGGCAACAGUAAAUUACUCCAGACCAGGGAUGACUUCAAGACCUAAGUCUGGUGGAACUGGCAACAAAAGUGGAGUAGUGACUGGAAAAUACCUCUCCAAUCCUCCAAUAAAGACAUCAGGUGGAAAGUUCCCUGUCAACAGAAGCAGAACAUUGUCUGCAAAAAUUUCUGCAACAGCCAGUGCAGGCAAGAAAUGCAAGCAACCGCACUGUCAAUCAGAAAAAUUUGGGCCUCCUCCUCAUGGAGUGUUAGUGGAGAGACAUCAUCCCAAUAUACAGAAUUACCAGACAGAGCAACCUCUCAGUCAUGCAGUUAAGUAUCCAUACACACCAACAAGAGAUAUUGCACCCCAGCAGCUACCUCUACCGUCAGAAGCCUUCAUUAAACAGAAAACCCCCAAGACGAAAAAUUAAUAAGAUAUCAUUUCGAAUUUAAGAAAAUCAUCAAACAAAUUAGAUUUUGAAUUUAAGAGAAUAUUUGAUGCUAUUUUACAUUAUUAAUCAUAUACAGGGCGUCCAUAAAAUCCCUUUACUAUUUCAAUUUUGUUAUGAAGUCAGUUCUCAAAAUAUCUUAACCAAAUUUGUUGUUUUUAAUCAGUGAUUGUUCAAGUAUUUUUACUUCAUUUAAUACAUCUGUGAGGGCCAAAGCAAGAAAUGGUAUCAAUAAAUUCCUUUUGCGAUUUUAAAUAAUUUUAAGACUACCAAAUUUGAGGUUAAUGGAACUAUUUUUAAAAAUAAAUGAUUUAAAUUGUUAUCAAAUUGUAUCAGCUAACAAAUACCUUCAAUUGUUUGCUUCAUUUUUUAAUUUAAGAGUUAAUGGCACUAGUUUCUUGUAACAUUCGAUCUCAAAAUUCAGAUUUAUUUUUUAUGAAACAAGGGUUUUUGGUCUAGUUUGGAAUUAAAUUUAAGCAUUAUUAUAAAUGGGUACUCGCGAAGUAUGUGAACCAAGAUGAAGGACACCUUGUUAUGGUUAGGUCGAAAUUUGAUUCCAUUUUUCCAUAUUUUGGUUAUAUUACGAGUUCUGGAACUAGCCAAGUGACUCCCAUAAUAUUUGUAUCUGAACCUAACCUAACCUGGUACACAUACUACGUUCCGGUGUCCACCAUCUUGGUUCACAUACUUUGAGAGUACAUAUAAAUGUUUCUGAUUUUUCCUAAGACAAUAAUUUAAAAAGAUUUACUCUCGAGUUCAGACAGAAUUAAUCAUAAAUCGUAAAACCUAACACAUUUUUGAAGCCAAUUUGAGACGAACAAAUGAUUUUUUUUCAAAAUAAUGAAUUAAAAUGUGCUGUCCACCAUUGUGCUUUUUUUGAAUUUGGAAACAAAAUCCGAUUUUUUUUAUAUUUUAAAAAAUUAAGAUACUUAUAGUUUCCUUUCACCAUAAUGUUUUCAGCGUUCAAGUAAUAGAGUCACUUUUAUAUCCGGAGUGUCCUUGUUUAAUCUGAUGAAUUCACCAUUUGUGAUAUUAUAUUGCCUGCCACUGCAGUCAUCUUGCAAUAAAUUAAAUACAAAACCCCCCUAUCAUUCUUCUUGAAAUCUAAAACAAUAUGUUUUCUGGAUCUGCUGGCUAACUUGAUAAUUGGAAGUUUCUGAACACCUCUUUGAAAAUUCCUUGCUUCCUUGGCAAAUCUUUGCUCAAAGCAGUUCGUUCGCUUCAAUAAUCAAUUCAAUUUUAUAUGAGUAUGGUUAUGGCAGUUUUGUUUUAUACAGGUAUAAUAAGUAAAACAGGAAGAAUAUACUGUGUGCUAUUCUAAAUUUUGCUGACAGAAUUUAUAUUAUUUUUGCUCGAUUUUUAGAUGUGCAUUUUAGAACUUUCAUAGAAAAAUGUGUAUUUUUUAAAAUAUAUGGUUUAAAACACAA